GUUGUGUGGGGUUAUUGUGAAUACCAUCACAACUGAUAAAGUAUUUAUUGAAUCUAAUAAAGGUUGUGAUUUUGGAGAUAAUGACUUCUCUUCGUGCCAAUGUUGUCGAGGGACAAUUCGACGAUGCAGAAGAUUCAGACACUCCCGCCGAUGCCGUUGAGGUUACUCCACCGGCCGUACAUGUGGUAGAAACCCAGGUCAACAGUCUGUCGCUUGAACCUCCACCAACCGGUCUGGUUGAAGGAGAGGAGUAUGAGGACUAUGAAUAUGAAUAUGAUGAUGAAGAAGAUGAUGACGACGAGUGGGAUUGGAAGGGGUCAGACAUUACCAAACGCUACAACAGCAUGAACCGACCAGGCCUCAACUCCCAGUCAAAUAAGCAGAAUUCUUCGAACAAGGCGCUCAAGUUGUCCACGCCCACCGAUAAAGCUUUGAGGAAAUUUGAACACAAGAUCAAUCUGGAUAAACUAAACUAUGCCGACUCGGUGAUCAACAAAGUGACGACAAUGCAGAAACAGAGGGAUUCUGACACGUUCCGAGUGAAAGACAAGUCGGACCGGGCUACAGUUGAACAGGUUUUGGAUCCCAGAACAAGGAUGAUCCUCUUCAAGAUGCUCAGUCGUGGAAUCAUCUCUGAGAUCAACGGGUGUAUCAGCACAGGGAAAGAGGCCAACGUGUACCACGCCACCACAGCCGCUGGAGAGAACAGAGCGAUCAAGAUCUACAAGACGUCCAUCUUACUGUUCAAGGACCGCGACAAAUACGUCAGCGGAGAGUUCAGGUUUCGCCAUGGUUACUGCAAAGGCAACCCCAGGAAGAUGGUGCGCACGUGGGCCGAGAAGGAGAUGAGGAACCUCCUCAGGCUGCAGACAGCUGGGAUACCCAGUCCAGAACCUCUGAUGCUCCGGAGUCAUGUCCUCCUCAUGACCUUCAUCGGCAAGGAAGACAUGCCAGCUCCUCUGCUGAAGAACGCGGCACUGUCCGAUUCCAAGGCGUGCGAACUGUACCUGCAGGUCAUCGAGCACAUGAGGAAGAUGUACCAGGAGGCCCGCCUGGUCCACGCCGACCUCAGCGAGUUCAACAUACUGUACAACAACGGCGACGCAGUCAUCAUCGACGUGUCCCAGUCAGUGGAGCACGACCACCCCCACGCCCUGGAGUUCCUCCGCAAGGACUGCAGCAACAUCAACGACUUCUUCCUGAAGCGCGGCGUGGCCGUGAUGACCAUCAGAGAGCUGUUUGAGUUCAUCACCGACCCCUCCAUCAACAGCGACAACAUCAACGAGUACCUGGAGCGGGCCAUGGACAUCUCCUCAGACAGAACGGUGCAGGAGCGCUCGGACCAAGAUCGGGUCGACGAAGAGGUGUUCAAGAAGGCCUACAUCCCCCGGACGCUGACGGAGGUGAACCACUACGAGCGUGACGUGGCGGCCAUGAAGGAGGAGGACGCCGCGAUGCACGCCCAGAACGACAACGUUCUUUACCAAACCGUAAUGGGGCUGAGGAAGGACCUGUCUGGAGUUCAAAAGGUUCCGGCACUGCUGGAGGAGAGCAGCAGCUCGGAGGGCAGCUCUGAAGAAGAGGAAGACGGAGAUGAGGAAGAGAAAGGAGAGAAACAAGAGGAAUCCUCGGUGGAUAAGAAGGAACGAAAGAAGAACAUCAAAGAAGCUCAGAGGGAGAAGAGGAAAAGCAAAACGCCGAAACACGUGAAGAAACGGAAGGAGAAAACGUCCAAGAACAAGUAGAGGGAACCGAGCCUGCCCGGGUUGGGAUCACCUCAGUCUGACUUUGUACUCCAGGGACCAGCCUCCAAUGCUAGUUCAGGGGAGAGUUGAACCGGCAACCUUUUUAACAGAUCUCCAGCCACUGGUCCAACCACACAAGAUGUCACUGGAGUCUGAGACUUAUCAGAACAUUCUGGAAGAUGUAACCCAUACGUGUAAUAGUAUGGUUGUUUAAUAUUCAACCGGCAAGUCUGGGAUUUUCACAAAAAUAAACCAAACAUUAGUUUAUGAUGAUGAAAGCCAGGCUAAGAGGUGAAUCUUUUUAAACACUUAAAUUGUGACAUGGAUUUUUAUCCAAUGUGGAUUCCAGUUUGAAAAUGAAUUUGUUAUAUGGUUCCCUGAUCACUUAAUUUAAGAUAGUAUGGUUGUUAAAUAAAUCCAUAAUCAACUCAAACCAUAAUUAGUAAAUGUAGGCAGUUGAGUGGGAUUGGUUAAAGGUGUCUGCUAAACAGUAAAUACCUUGCCGGAAGUUCUAUGCAGUAUUUUCUCUGCACCUGUCCCACCUGUCUGCUGCAAACCCUACACAGAUGACAAGCAGGGCAGACUGUUUCAUCGGCAACAGAUGAACAACAUGACAAACUCAAGGAAAUAAAUACUGUUUUAUUCAUAAUAAA